CUACUUAUCAACAUUACUGUUGGUUUCUGCCAUUGUCAGUGCCUAUCUGACCCACACACGACGUUUUGUUCCGUCGGUGCCGCGGCUUCUCGUAUCACUUCCGCUCUGGCGACCCGAGUAUCUAUCUCACCGGAGAGAGAGACAGGAUAGGAUAAAUCAUAAGAAAAAGCAAUAUCCUCGCAGUGUGCCUUGACAGUACAGUCGAAAUACCGCAUUUAUUUUUUCUUCUUACUCGCUGCCCAGACCCACCUAUCCGCCUCACUGCCAUAUUGAAGGAUUCCCAAGAAGCCAGAAACGCAGUCGGCACCAACAACCAUGACCACACCUGAUACCAAGGUCCUGGACAAGGUCGCAACCAAUGUGUCCACGGCAAAGCCGGAUAUCGAGCUAGGCGAGCUGGUUCCUCAGACCACGGACACAGUGGAGCUAGCGGCCCUGGGCCAUGUACAAGAGCUGCGACGCGAGUUCUCCGUCUGGUCGCUUGGAUGCUUGCUUGUGUGCCUGAUGGCGACAUGGGAGGCGCUCUCAAGCGUCGUUGCGCAAGCACUGACGAACGGAGGUCCACCUUGCUUGUUCUACAACUACAUCAUCGCCUUCUUCGGCACGCUGUUGACAGCCUGCUCCUUGGCCGAGAUAGCGAGUGUUUACCCCACGGCGGGAGGCCAGUAUCAUUGGGUGGCAUGCCUUUCACCUGCGCCUACGCGUGUCGUCUCCUCGUGGUUCACCGGAUGGAUCAGCAUCGGCGGACAGCUAGUGUUGACAGCGUCGGCUGCGUUUGCGGCGGGCUUGCAGCUGCAGGCACUGAUAGUGCUGAAUGACGAGGACGGCAGCUAUGUGCCGCAGCGAUGGCAAGGGAUGCUCUUCUACUGGCUGAUUCUGGGGUACAGCGCGGCAGUGAAUGUUUGGGGAAGCCGGAUCCUGCCGCACACCAACACGGCAAGUGGGGUGUUGCAUGCAGCGGCAUUUGUGGCGACGGUGGUGGUGCUGGGAGUGAUGCGAAAGGACAAGCAUGAUGCCGAGUAUGUGUUUGCGGGCUUCCAGAACACGAGUGGGUGGGGAAACGACGGAGUGAGUUGGCUGGUCGGGCUGCUGAGCGCCGUGUAUCCGUUUCUGGGGUACGAUGCGGCCGCGCACCUUGCCGAGGAGCUUCCUCAUCCGGCCAAGUAUGUCCCUUUGGCCAUGGUCGGCUCCGUCCUCGUCAAUGGCUUGAUCGGUCUCAUCUACUGCAUCGUCCUGCUCUUCUCCUUGGGCGACCUGUCGACUCUUCUUGCCUCGCCCACCGGCUUCCCCUUUAUGCAGCUCUUCUGGGAUGUGACCAAGUCUAGAGCUGGCGGGUCAAUCCUUUCUCUGAUGGUAUCGCUCAUUGCCGUGGCCGCCAACGCCGCCGGCUUGACCAGCACUAGUCGGACUGCCUGGGCGUUUGCGCGUGACAAGGCAAUCCCCUUUAGUAGCUUUUUCGCCCACGUCAAUCCGCGCUUGCAAGUGCCAGUCCGCAUGGUGGUAUGCACCACUGUCUUGCAGAUGCUGCUGGGCUUCAUCUACCUGGGCAACACGACGGCCUUCAACGCGAUCCUGUCCAUGGCCGUCUUGGGCAUGUAUACUAGCUACAUUCUACCCAUUGUGUACAUGCUACUGUUCGGGCGGCGCGCGUCGUCGCCACAGCGUGUUCACUUUGGGCCGUUCUCCAUGGGUCGCUGGGGUGCCGCCGUCAAUGCUGGCGCUUGUUUGUGGCUCUUGUUGGCCAUUGUGUUCAGCAUGUUCCCUAGCUAUCAGCCAGUGACAGCGCAGAAUAUGAACUACAGUACGGUGGUGUUGUCUGGGUGGGUAGCGUUUGGGGCAGUGUGCUAUGUUGGCUGGGCGAGGCGAGUGUAUUCAGGGCCGGUGUAUGCGACGGAGGGCGUGGAUCGGUAGGAUGCCAUGGUAGCAUCUGGGGAGAGCUAGGUGGGAAUGGAUGACGUGCAUGUUUCUGGAUUUGGUGGAAGGGUGCGUAAGCGGGCGGGAUGAGACCCAAUUGGAAGGGACGGAUUGGGAGAAAAGACUGCCAUUUUCCAUUGUGGCGGCGUCAGGGAGAAAUUGGAAAGUGUGGAGCCCUGGUGAGUGA